AUGUUACAUAGCUUUUCCAUCAACCUCCACCUCACCACCGGCUACGAUCAAAACACACUGAAUCCUACCGAAGAAAUCGUCAUGGUCGGGUCUAGGAGUAAUGAUCCCAGUGGAUCGGAUCUCAGUCGUUCGGACAAUCAACCUAAGCUCGUCGCAUUGAAUUUCGAGGACCUUGCCACUGAAACUUUGGUCGAUCGGGGCGAAAUUUGGCUACUACACUGGCUUAAAAAUUUGGACUCAAACAUCGAGCGGGCUGAAGAAUCUGCCUUGAAAUCACUUCAAGCCCAACUCGAAUCUGAUCUGAUUAGGAUCAUCACACAUGUCGCACCAACUUCACAACCUGCGCCAAAACCUGGAAGGCCCAUUAGACAUCUUGUUGCACGGAUCUUGGUCAAAUUGUUUGAUAGAGGCGAACGGAGGACCCUCUUUGAUGUAAUCGCAGCCUUACUCAAAGUGGCUGGUACUGAACCUGCCAAAGGUUUACCGGAUAAUAAGCUCCAUAGAAUUGCUAGUUUUCACGUCGUCGGCGAACUUAUGAAGACGCAUGGCUCACAGGUUAUGUCACAAUUCGCAGAGAGUGUCAUGGUUGCAAUCAGGGUACUCAAAACAACGACCAACCCGCCCAUCCUCCGAUCUCAAGCCUUGUUUUGUCUGAAUUGCUCGCUAACCGUCGGCUCAAAAACCCUCUCGCCUACCGACAAUCUAGGAAGAGAGGUUCUCAAAACACUGAGGUAUUCGAUGACCGACAAAACGUUUUCUAUCGUCCGGGGCAGUGCGGAUUGUCUCCUGACUCUUUCAGACAGAUCUUUGAAUUUGAUCAGCUCUCUGAAUGAUAUCGAAGCUUGUCUCGAAAUCUGCUUCAAAAGUCUCGAGGGCGUUGAUUUCGAUACGCGAAGGUCCUUAUCAAAACUAAUUGCCAGCUUGCUUGCUUCAACUCAAGUCUUCGGAUCUGCAGUCACCUCUUCCAAUCCUCCUAGUGCACACAACAAAGCCAAGAAGAAUAAGGAAAGCCAGGAAGGUGAUGAGGAAGAUCCAUAUCCAACGACUAUGACAGCUGAAGAAAAAGGGAAGACUCUAUUGACACCUGACGAGAUGCUUUCACUGCUGAAUACUCAAUACUGCAAGCCCCAUACCUCUCGCCAAGCUCGAAACGGACUGAUCGAUGCCCAAGCCACUCUCUUCACACUUCUUGGUACCAAUUGGGUCGAACAGUUCUAUCCCGAAAUACUAAAUCAUAUCAUCUUCAACAUCGGAUGCGGCAAAUCAUCGCCUUACACAAACCCUACACUUUCCAUCGCUAGACAUGAUGCAUUGGUAUCCCGGAAGCUAGCCAGCAUUCUGCUACGCGAUGUGAUUUCGGUGCGACUUCUUUCUGAACAGGGACAGAUCGUCGCGAUCCGAGAGAUCUCGUCAUCCAUCAUCAACAAAUGGCCGGCUUUAAUGCCUACUCAUCAGCCUCCUAACAAAAUCGCUUUGGUGAUUGCACUAAACGAAGUGUCUGGUCUAUUGAAGCAAGUUGGUUGCGCAACACAGCCUAUUCAAGAAGUUCUUUACAAUCCACUCAUCCGUCUUCUAGGCCAUCCCUCAUACUCGGUUCAAAUCUCUUCAGCUUUGUGCCUUCGAGCGUACUGUCUGGUUGCACCUGGAAAAUUGACUAGCACGCUGAAUAACGUUUUGGAGCUACUCAACAAGGACUUGUUACAUCUAGGCCAUCCUGGCGGUCCGUCAGAUGCUCACAAACGAGCAAUCGGCCAUGCGCACGGACUAGCUGCAUUAAUCACUUUGAUUUCAUUACGGCCGCUAUACGUCUCCUUCGACGUCUCUUCUAAGAUCAUGUCACUGGCCAUCCAAUUGCUAAAGGAAAGCGGAGCCCACGAGCUGCAUAUCUCGAUCGUUGAAAUUCAAGUCGCAUUGAUUCUUGUUAGUGCGCUGACUACUCUUGGUCCGAAUUUCAUGCGACUGCACCUUCCUCAGCUACUUCUGUUGUGGAAGAAUGCUCUACCCAAGCCAGCAGCAAGAGAUCCAAACACGAUUCAAUUCCGAAGCGAUGCGGAAUGGAGUUUCCUCUUGCACCUGCGAGAAUGUACCCUUACUUCAAUCCUCAGCUUCUUACAACACGAUGGGGAAAAGCUGGUGACCCUCGACAUUGCUCGUAGAAUCGUGAUGAUGCUGAGUAAUGCACUCUCAUUCAUUUCUGAAUUUGAAAAGAAAUGCCCACAAGCAGAUCAAGAACCAGCUGUUUUCGCUAAUUCCAAGUUGGGGUUUGCGCACUGGGAGCUGCUGUUACGAAGGCGCGUUUUUCAAUGUUUUACCGCGUUAAGUAAGAUAUCGAUGGCUUCGGUAGAAUCACUUCAAAUGACACUACUAGAAACCUCACUUGCUUUGUUCGCCGAUCCGGAAAAGCACACCGGGUCGUCCGUUCAAGCUGCCAUCAGCGCCAGCACUGGCAGUUUCACUAGUGUUUGGGACUCGAUCGACGGCUUCAGUUUUGGUGUCACCAGCUUAUUGACGGAGAACGGAUGUUUGAAUGUUGGCGACCAAGGCGAUACCAGCAUGUCGAAUAGUGUCGAUAGCUUGAUGACUGACUGGCUGAACCGAGAUUUGGCUGAAGUUUCAGUGGCUUCCGUCUUACAGCAACCAUGCAUCGAAAGCAACGAGCAUGAUUCAUUAGUGAUUUGCACCCCUCAAUCAGUCGAUGGACCGGUCCGGGCACUCGGCUCACAUGCCACCUUACCUGCUCCGCCCGUUACGACCGCCACAGUUGACGCCGCACUAGAGUUAUUUGCACUCUAUUUCCCGCUUGUGACGACGAAUCAGCAAUCAAUGCUCAUUGAUCGUCUUUGCAAAUUUAGUCACUCGGCUAAGCUAGAGAAAAACCCCGGAAGAAAGAUGGCUAUUCUAGUCAACUCGGUGACGGCUAUGUUAUUGGCAGCAAAAUCAUGCAUGUCAUCCGCUUUUUCAGGAAAGUCAAAACACUGGGAUCCUGCGGUCGUGAAUCUGAUGAAGGACAUACUCAAAGAGGCACUCGUUCAUUCGGACGCGCGUCUGCGUGCCGCUGCUGCUCAAACGUUUGGUCGGGCUUGUGCGCUGGGCGGAAACACGUUCAUGUUAUCCCAAAUUCAACAUUGUGUGACUCAAGUUGUCACCAAUACUGAUCCUGAUUCUCGAUCCGGGUAUGCCUUGGCUUUCAGUCAAAUUUACACUCAAGUCGGGUCGCUCUCUGCUGGUGCAACACUCAAGACGGUUGUAGAUGUUCUGAUGUCUUUGAGUGCCGAUCCUCAUCCAUCAGUUCAUUUCUGGGCUCUCAGGGCGUUAUCGGAAGUCAUUCAUACCGCUGGUCUCUCCUACACACCAUUUCUGAAUUCAACUCUUGGAAUGGUGGUUAGACUCUACUGUAGUGACUCUCACGAGCUUGAAUCAGGUGGCGUUGGUUAUGUCAACUUGCGAGCCAGUCUACCGAGUUAUCAAAACUUUUGCAAGAUCUUGAAUGCUAUCAUCGGAGUCUUGGGUCCUGAACUGUCCAGUUCUGGAAAGUCCAAAACGUUAAUUCAACUCUUGAACGAAGAACUGAACGAAGAAAUCGACGAAGGAAUUAAGGUGGAAGCUUUGAAGUCCAUUCAGCACUUUAUGAUGUUUUCAAUCGAAUCAAUCAAUCUUCAGAAGCUUGUCCAAACCCUACUUAAGCAUCUAUCAUCCAAUCGAAGGACUUUGAAAGUUGCAUCAAUCAAUUCGAUAUACCAGCUAGUCCAAAAGAAUGCAAUGGUGAUGUCAAAGUUAGGUGGCGACAAAUUGGUGGUAAACUUAUUUUCGAUAUUGGAUGAUGAUCCUACGAUCGAAGGGGUGCGGCAUUCGAUUAAAAGUUGGCUGAGACAAACGGCCGAUUCGAAUCCGUCUGCAUGGAUUGACUUGUGUAUGCGAAUCAUCUCACGAACCACUGCAGCUCAAGCAUCGGUAGUUCAUGAAGUUGGACCGACGGCGAUGAUGUUCAUCGAUGAAGAGUCACAAGGACUUGAUCUUGGGCAAGAUACAUCGGGCUCUAGCAGUAAUCACCACAACAAAGUCAGGGCGACCACGUCUCGUUGGCGAACUCAGCUCUUUGCCCUGCAAUGCUUGCGCGAAGUCUUCCUCACCGUCAUCAGGAGUAAAAAGGUCGAACAUUUCAGCGUCCAAGCUGCUAAAUCCAAAGGCUUUUCUACGAACUUCAAGCAGUUGAUGUUUUGUCGAGUUUCUGAUUUGAUCAAAAUGGCCUUCACCGCUUCGACGGCUAACAUCAUGGAAAUCAGGCUGGAAGGCUUAAACGUUUUGCGUGACGUGAUUGAGAACUUCAAAAGAUCAACCGACCUGGAUUUCGAUGAUUCUCCAUUACUAGAGCAACACCAAGCACCGAUCGCGGCCGCUCUCACUCCGGCCUUUUCGAACGACUCUUUCCCAGAAGUUUUGGCAUCUGCGAUUCAAGUAUGUGCUGUGUUUGUUGGCUCGGGUGUGGUGAAGGAAAUCGAUAAGAUGGGUAGGAUAUUAAAGCUGUUAACUUCGGCUCUAGAAAGCUGUAGAGAAUCGGAAAUCACUUCACUCGGGGAAAUGAAAGACUUUAGUGCAACGGCAUCGAUUAUGAUCAAGACGGCUGUUUAUGCGGCAUGGGCGGAAUUCCAAGUGAUUUCGAUCCAUCAAGCGUAUCUGAGCCAGGUGAUAACACCACAUCUGGCUUUGCUGUGUCCACUCUGGGUAGCCUCUUUGAGGGAAUACGCACGCCUGAAAUCGGACGAAGAUUCCAGUUCAAAUUCAGCCUCUCCAUCCCUGACAGUCGAUAACUUACAAGGAGGCUUAUACCGAGAGAUUUCUUUGCCUUACUACGAGAAUGCGUGGCUCAAAAUGAUGAAGGCUACUGCUUCACUGAUCAAAGCCAAAAAUCCUAUCAUUCUUCAAGCUUUCGAUGGAGUCGAUCUGUCAAAUCCUGAACAGCAGUCCAAAUCAGUGGAGCCUCGUACGGAACCCGCGCUGUAUUUCCACGUCUUACUCGGAUUAGUUUAUGAAGCAGCAGCAACGACGGCGUCGAUUGGCACAGAAGAUCCAUCCUCGAUCACCACUCAAACAAUGGAAACCGCCUUGUUCUCCUUGGAUGCUCUUCUUCAAAUAGAGGUCGUUGGAUCCGAAGGGCUUCAGAAAGAUAAUGCGGUCUUUGGAGAGAUCUGUAACUUGUGUUAUCGACUCACCGCUACCGAAUCCGCACGUGUUCAAGUCUUGGUCGUCCGUUGUAUCAUGCAACUCGCUCAUAGUUCGACCGGCUCAGGUCCAGUUGAAUACAAUUCUCAAGCAGAGUUGCAACUCAAUCAAUGUCUCAGGGUUAUCGUUCAAGUCCUAAUUAAUUCGAACCCUGGAAUGUCUUCGAUGGCGGCUUCUAAAGCUCGGAAAAGUCCGGUCAAUUAUGCAGCUCUAGUCAUUGCUGCUUUCACUGCUUGUGCUGAUUUGGCCGAUAGAAGUACCCCGUCCAGUCGUGAACAGGUUUAUGGAGUACUGCUAGGUCUAUACAGUGAGAGCUUGAAGGAUGACUGUAGUGGUAGUAGUAGCUCGGCCGUGGCUGACCUAGCAGGACCUACCUUGCCGGCGCUGAAAUUGCUGAUCGAAAGGGCAUUUUCAAAUGCUGCUAGGGCUGACAGUGAACAAUCGAAACCCACUGAUUCCAAGAUUUUAAUCCACGUGUUACAUGGGUUCAUCACACAAACUCUUCAAAAUAUUGAAGAUGCUUCUCGGAAACUUGAAGAAAAAAGUGCGGCAACAGCGAUGAAGCUUCGUAAUAAUCUUCUCGCAUGUGUUCUCGUCUUCACGUCCAUUUCUCCUGAGGUUCAAAUCAGUCAAAAAGCCCUCGAAGAAUAUUGCUCAAUUAUAUCCAAAUUGUUUUUGAAUGACUCAACGGAGAUCGGAGCAACAGCCUUACAUUGUUCGAAAUCGUUGAUUCUUAACAACAAGCGGGGCUUUCCUUCUUCGAUCACACAAGUGGCUUUAACACGCCUAUUACCCAGCUAUUACGAAUUGGUCUUCAAAGUCUCUCAACCGAAUGUUGAUGAGCAGCAACAACAGCGGAAGGUAGAACCCAUUCGAAUUUCAAUGGUGGCCGAAGUCCUCAAGAUCUUUUCUGGGAUCGUUGGCUUGCUCCCAUCUGAAAAACGACAACAAGCGCUAGUAAUCUUCCUGCCCCUCUAUCUGAAAGUGAUCGAGUCCGAAGGAUUACCAGAGUUACGAAAGAUGGGGAUCUCGUUAGUCUUGCAACUGGCCUCGACUGACCCGGUUAACUUCAAACAGGCAAUGAAUUGUCUCGAGGCCGACCAGAAAUCAAGCCUCGAAUCUGCCCUCAGAGGCUCUAUUAACACCACCAAAGUCUCUUCUUCUGGCACCGAUGGAGUCACAUCGUCCAAUCCCGCGAUCCCUUCUAUCGAACUUAAGAGCUUCGGUUAA